CUUAAAUUCAUGUCGUGCUAAAGGACGAUUUCAGAGAAUAAUCAGCACUAACCAAAUAAGCCAAAACUUAUAACGCUGACAAUAUAGAGAAUGAGAUCUCAUUGAGCAAAUGAAAGGGCAUAUUAUGUACGUCCAAAACAAAACAGAUUGCUGUUUCAAACUGUCAGUUAGGGAUUAGAUCUGUACGUUGUAUGUCAUUGUUGCACUAUAGAUAGAUUGUUUUCACUAAAUAGUUGUACUCAUUUUAAUUUAUUAGGCUCCCAUGGUUUUAAUAAAGCAAUCUUACAAUAAUAUAGAAGGGAAAUAAAGAUCAUAUACAAAGGUCUUUUACAUGGUUAGAAUGUGUACUAUGAAUUCUUAAAGUUUGAAUAUAGAAUCUAAUUAGCUUUAAAUGGUGUGGAUUGAUAUGUUUUUUAGUUUGCCUUGCAGCUCCCAUGCAAACUGAUACAAAUUGCUCAAAACUGAAUUCUGAUUGGCUACUUUCAAACCACCAAUCGGACAUGAGGAAAGGGAUUUGGAUUUCCUUCUUAUGGAGUAUGGAACCUAAAACAAGAUUUUAAAAGUUCAUUAAAUCACUGAAAAAUGAACAAAACUAAGAACUAUUUAAACGUAACCUUUGUAGCCUCUCUGUUAUUAUCAUUAUUAUUACUGACUUGUAAUACAACACAUAUUCAGAAAAAUAUUUCUCAAAGUUCAUCUACUUGCCAAUUACAACUAGAAUGUAUCGGAGCUAGUUCCUCUGGAUUUGGUCGUGUACGCAUACCUGUUCGAUCAGCUCGAGGUCCAGCUGGACCAACCGGGGAACAAGGAAAUCCUGGACCACCAGGUCCUCGCGGAGAAACAACAAAAUUACAACCUAUAUGGAUUCCUAGACCAGUAGAAUAUCAAAUAGCUUUUUAUACAGGUUUGUCAAAAAGUAUUGAGAAUAAACCAGUGAACAAAAAUUGUCAAUUGAUUUUUGAAUCAGUUAUGUUGAAUCUUGGUAACGGAUAUGAUAAUACUACAGGUAUAUUCACCGUUCCUGUUUCGGGUGUUUAUAUAUUUGUUGUAGUUAUAUCAGCACAAAGUUAUGAAAAGGCAGGUGUACGAUUACUACAAAAUGGUAAAGUUGUGUUACUUUCAUGGUGUGAAAGUACGUUUUGGGCAACUGUAACUAAUCAAGCUAUUAUUCAAUUAAAUAAAAAUGACCAAAUAUGGUUGGAGUGUAGAGAUGAAGCUUAUCGCUUACAUGGACAUAUGUAUAGCAGUCUAUCUGGUUAUCUUCUUUAUCCUCAUGACAUAUAAUCGUGACAAAAAUGUUAUGUCCAACAUGAGAAUCUUUCUUUUCUUCUAUAUGUAACUUUUGUUUAGUUAAAUGUUAAUCAUUCAAAUAAUUAAUCAGUGGUAUGAUCUACAAUCUUUUAUCACAUACCCAUGUAACGGAUUUUUGUUACCACAUAAUAACUAUACUUUUAUUGGA